CUCCUCUGUGACUGGGCCUACGGUGAAUUCAAAGGAUGAAGAGCUAGUUGAUCAUCAAGAUACAGACAUUGAAGCAGCCGCAGCUGGCAGCUUGCUAUAUCCAGUAAGAACGCUCGGCAAUAUAUGAAAGAAAAAAGUGCACUCACAGCACUCAGAAAAAGUGGCUAUUUUCCCACUUAAAGUUAAAUCCUAGCCAAGUUCUUGAGAAGUGUGAGUGCACUUUUUCGUUUCAUACAAAAGUGGUGGGGACGAUGAAGAAGAAAGUGACAUCUACGAGGUAGUAAGCACCAAGGCAGUUCUCUUGCAACAACCAAAAGCAAACGAUCUUGUGGGGAUAAAGUUGCCUCUUUGCAAUGGGAGGCCAGGACAUGAAGCUUUGCUACAGUUACAGAAGGAAAUUAGAUUUGACAUUUCGGAAAAAGUUGUUGCUCGUGAUCAUCCUAAGCUGUAUCACAAAAUUUUCUCUACUCUACGAGAACAUGAGACACUGGGACACCAAGUAGACCUGAUGACACCAGAGGAGGCCUUCGUGGCAGCCUCAAUUCCUGGUGUCAGUUGUGAUCAAGUCAGCCGUACGCCAGACGAUCUGCAUCCUUGUACCCGAUUGCGCCCUAAUCGUCUCCAGUUUUUGGCAUUGAAUUAAGGGCUGCAAGUUGACCGAUCUAAGCGCAUAUCUAUGACCGAUCUAAGCGCAUACCUAGGCUGUUUGAUUGAUAAGCGUACAGGUCAUCGCCUAAACCACUCAGCCAACUGAGUAUGGGAAAUGGAUAGACGUGCGAGCUAGGUAGAUCAACUUGCAGCCCCUAACUGUAGGAACGGAUGAGCCUGCCCAAAUUGCGACACGACACCCGUCGGCUGGGGCCAGUGGAGUAUAUGCUGUCUGGUGCGGUGAUACAGCAGAUAGAACAUUAUACGAAC